AUGACGGACUAUAUUAGAAAUAAUCUGCGUAAGAAAUUGCAUAAUUUAAUGUCUUCGGUGAAUCUGCGACUUUCGUCGAUUCAGCCGGCGUCACAGUUACCCAACAAUAAUAAUAACAACAACAAUAAUAUCUCGUCCGACGAAGUGAAUAAUCGGGAGUUUCCACGGGCAGAUUAUCGCCAGGAAUCUGUGAGACUGCAGAGCUACACCGGCUGGCGUCUGAGCUUCAUGGACCCUGCGAAAAUGGCAGCGGCUGGAUUCUACUACACGGGCCACAAUGAUGAUGUCAAAUGCUUCGAAUGUGGAAUCGUAAUACGCGAGUGGGUAGAGGGCGACAAUCCGAUGUCAGUUCACCAGCGUUGGCGGUCCAGUUGCCAUUUCUUAAGGAAAUAUCCCUGUGGUAACGUGCCGAUUGGUGUUGAUCCAAGUACCGUUCCGUCAAUUGGUCCUAGAGGUCGUGAUGUAUACGGUUGUUAUGAUGAAUUCCAACCUGGCGCAUCACCAGGCUUUCGUUCUGGCCAGACAGAAUUCCAGUUUCCCAGGACUGCUAAGUUGGGAAGUCAAAACCUCGCCCUGCUCAAAGGAUCGAGACAUCGGGAAUUCGCGAGUUACAACGCCAGAUUAGAAAGUUUUGAGUCAUGGCCCAAAUCUAUGCCACAAACCAAGGAGCAACUUGCUGACGCUGGCUUCUUCUACCGCGGCACUGGUGACCAAACUAUCUGCUAUCACUGUGGCGGUGGGUUGAAUGACUGGAAGCCCAAAGACGAUCCAUGGUUCCAGCACGCCAAGUGCUUCAAAAAAUGCUACUACGUCCUGAUGGUCAAAGGCCAAGAUUUCAUCAAAAGCAUCAAUGGUCAGCCUGUCGCACCACCUUCUCGUGAGGUAAUUAUUGUAUUUAUUUAUUUAUUUAUUCGUUGA